CCCUGCCUCCGCCUCCUGAGCCCACAGCCUCCCGGAGCCCGAGCGCGGCGAAGGGGCGCCGCCAGCCCCUCCCCAGCGCGCUGACAGCAGGCUCUGGGGCCCCCGCCCUGUCCCCUCGCCGGCGGGACACACCCCCGCCCCUCCUCCGCUCCGCCAGUUCCCGCCGGACCCACCGGGCGGCGGACGGCGGAGAGAGCGGGCGGGCGAGGCGGAGAGCUGCGGCAGCGGCAGCGGCGGCGCGGGAGGGAAGGAGCGCGCGGCAGGCCCACGGGGAGCCGCCCGGGGCGCACGGAGCCCGCGUGCCCUCCCGGACCGUCCCCGUACCGGGGCCGUACCUGUGGGCGCCAGGAACCCCGGGCAGCGACGCGGGGACCGGAGUGUUGGGUGGCUCCGGGACACGAGAAGCGGGAGAAGCGGGAGCCAGAUCGGGAUGAGAAGGUGACGCCGCUGGAGGGCGCCACUCGCUUUGUUGGGGGGGGAAGAUGCUGGCCUACUGCGUGCAGGACGCCACGGUGGUGGAUGUGGAGAAGCGGAGGAACCCCUCCAAGCACUACGUGUACAUCAUCAACGUGACCUGGUCCGACUCCACGUCCCAGACCAUCUACCGGAGGUACAGCAAGUUCUUUGACCUGCAGAUGCAGCUUUUGGAUAAGUUUCCCAUUGAAGGUGGCCAGAAGGACCCCAAGCAGAGAAUCAUCCCCUUCCUUCCAGGGAAAAUCCUCUUCCGGAGAAGCCACAUCCGGGAUGUAGCUGUGAAGAGGCUGAAGCCCAUCGAUGAGUACUGCCGGGCACUUGUCCGGCUGCCUCCCCACAUUUCACAGUGUGAUGAAGUCUUUCGGUUCUUUGAGGCCCGACCAGAGGAUGUCAACCCCCCAAAAGAGGACUAUGGCAGUUCCAAGAGGAAAUCAGUGUGGCUCUCCAGCUGGGCUGAGUCUCCCAAGAAGGACGUGACAGGUGCCGACACCAACGCCGAGCCCAUGAUCCUGGAACAGUACGUGGUGGUGUCCAACUAUAAGAAGCAGGAGAACUCAGAGCUGAGCCUCCAGGCCGGGGAGGUGGUGGAUGUCAUCGAGAAGAACGAGAGCGGCUGGUGGUUUGUGAGCACCUCUGAGGAGCAGGGCUGGGUCCCUGCCACCUACCUGGAGGCCCAGAAUGGUACUCGGGAUGACUCAGACAUCAAUACCUCCAAGACUGGGGAAGUGUCCAAGAGACGCAAGGCCCAUCUGCGGCGUCUGGAUCGCCGGUGGACCCUGGGCGGGAUGGUCAACAGGCAGCACAGCCGAGAGGAGAAGUACGUCACCAUACAGCCUUACACCAGCCAGAGCAAGGACGAGAUUGGCUUUGAGAAGGGCGUCACUGUGGAAGUGAUCCGGAAGAACUUGGAGGGCUGGUGGUACAUCAGGUACCUGGGCAAAGAGGGUUGGGCACCAGCAUCCUACCUGAAGAAAGCCAAGGACGAGCUGCCAGCACGCAAGAAGAACCUGGCGGGCCCAGUGGAGAUUAUCGGGAACAUCAUGGAGAUCAGCAACCUGCUGAACAAGAAGGCGUCAGGGGAUAAGGAGACUCCACCAGCCGAAGGCGAGGGCCAUGAGGUCCCCAUUGCCAAGAAGGAGAUCAGCCUGCCCAUCCUGUGCAACGCCUCCAAUGGCAGUGCCCUGGGCGUCCCUGAGAGGAGUGUCUCCAAGCUGGCCCAGGGCUCGCCGGCCGUGGCCAGGAUUGCCCCGCAGAGGGCCCAGAUCAGCUCCCCGAACCUAAGGACAAGGCCUCCACCUCGCAGAGAAUCCAGCCUGGGGUUCCAGCUGCCGAAGCCGCCAGAGCCCCCUUCUGUUGAGGUGGAGUAUUACACCAUUGCCGAAUUCCAGUCCUGCAUCUCUGAUGGGAUCAGCUUUCGGGGUGGACAGAAGGCGGAGGUCAUCGAUAAGAACUCGGGCGGCUGGUGGUACGUCCAGAUUGGUGAGAAGGAGGGCUGGGCCCCCGCGUCGUACAUCGAUAAGCGCAAGAAGCCCAACCUCAGCCGCCGCACGAGCACGCUGACCCGGCCCAAGGUACCGCCCCCCGCGCCCCCCAGCAAGCCCAAGGAGGCCGAGGAGGGUCCCGUGGGCUCUGGGGAGAGCCAGGACUCCCCACUGAAGCUCAAGUACGAGGAGCCUGAGUAUGAUAUCCCUGCCUUCGGCUUCGACUCGGAGCCAGAACUGAGCGAGGAGCCCACGGAGGACAGUGGCUCGGGGGACCGACGGCCCGCCCAGCCCCGGAAGCCCUCCCCCGCCUCCUCGCUGCAGCGGGCCCGCUUCAGGGUAGGCGGCUCUUCAGAGGACGUGGCCCUGGAGGAGGAGACCAUCUACGAGAAUGAGGGCUUCCGGCCUUGCACAGAGGACACCCUGUCAGCCAGACGCUCCUCCCGGGACAGUGACUCCCCGGGGGGCUCCCCUCUGUCCCUUGCCAGGAAAAACUCCCCCAAAUCAGACUCCCCCAAAUCAUCAUCACUUCUAAAGCUCAAGGCAGAGAAGAACGCCCAAGCGGAGCUGGGGAAAAACCACUCCUCGGCCUCCUUUUCUUCAUCCAUCACCAUCAACACCACCUGCUCUUCCUCCUCCUCCUCCUCCUCCUUGUCCAAGAACAGUGGUGACCUGAAGCCCCGUUCUGCCUCGGACGCAGGCAUCCGUGGCACCCCCACGGUUGGGGCGAGGAGGGAUGCCGACCUAAAGGCUGGGCUGAGCCCAUGCACCCGGGCCAAGCCAUCGGUCCGGCCCAAGCCAUUCCUGAACCGAGCAGAGUCCCAGAGUCAAGAGAAGAUGGACAUCAGCACUUUACGGCGGCAGCUGAGGCCCACAGGCCAGCUCCGGGGUGGUCUCAAGGGCUCGAAGAGCGAGGAUUCAGAGCUGCCCCCUCAGAUGGCCUGUGAAAGCCCCAGUGAGGGGUCCAGGAGAGGCUCUGCCGACCUCAUUACCCCCCCAGCCGCCACACCCCCAUGCCCCACCAAGAAGGGACGAGAGGGGCAGGCUGCCUCCUACACGACAUGUAGUGCCUACCAGAAGGUCCAGGACUCAGAGAUCAGCUUCCCCGCAGGCGUGGAGGUACAGGUGCUCGAGAAGCUGGAAAGCGGCUGGUGGUACGUGAGGUUUGGGGAGCUAGAGGGCUGGGCCCCUUCCCACUAUCUGGUGCUCGGCGAGAACGAGCAAUCCGACUCCUCUGGCAAAGAGCCAGACACAAUAAGUGCCAAAGGCAAGCAGAACGAGGGCAAGUCAGACAGCCUGGAGAAGAUCGAGAAGCGGGUCCAAGCCCUGAACACCGUCAACCAGAACAAGAGGGCCACGCCCCCCAUCCCCUCCAAGCCCCCUGGCGGCUUCGGCAAGACUUCAGCUGCCGGGGGGGUGAAAAUGAGGAACGGAGUGCGGCAGGUGGCCGUGAGGCCUCAGUCGGUGUUCGUGUCCCCGCCACCCAAGGACAACAACCUGUCCUGCGCCCUGCGGAGGAACGAGUCGCUGACUGCCACGGACGGCCUCCGAGGCGUCCGCCGGAACUCCUCCUUCAGCACCACCCGCUCGGCUGCCGCAGAAGCCAAAGGCCGCCUGGCUGAACGCGCCGCCAGCCAGGCCUCAGACGCGCCUCUGCUGCCCGCCCAGCGCAACGGCAUCCCCGUGUCCCCCGUGCGCCCCAAGCCCAUUGAGAAGUCCCAGUUCAUCCACAACAACCUCAAAGAUGUGUAUGUCUCCAUCGCAGACUAUGAGGGGGAUGAGGAGACAGCGGGUUUCCAGGAGGGUGUGUCCAUGGAGGUCCUGGAGAGGAACCCCAACGGCUGGUGGUACUGCCAGAUCCUGGAUGGGGCGAAGCCCUUCAAAGGCUGGGUGCCCUCCAACUACCUGGAGAAAAAGAACUAACGUGGGGUGUGGGUCCUUCCAGCCUGGUGCGGAUGAGCAGGGAGACAAAGACAAAGGGGAAAGGGAAAAUAUGGGGGGGAGGGGGGGAGGACAACUUUUAAACCCUGCAGAAUGCGUGACCUCAGAGAUGCUCCCCUCCAGGCUGUCCCCCAGCUGGCAGGUAGGGUCCGGAGGGGGCCCACACUGAGCAGGGAAGGGAACAGGCAGGGGAACAGCGGGCCUGGGACCAGAGGCAAGGAAGCUGAGCCCUAUGUGGGCACCUUGGUGAUUUGGCUCACGGACCUGGCACCAUUUGGGACAGGCCAUGUGGGAAAUUCCAAUUGUGCCUUGGCUGCAAAUCUGGAAAAGAUAUGGUCGCAGGGACGACCUCCCGUGCCCUGCCCCCUGCCCAGCCUGGUUUCUGCUCCUAGCACUUUGCCAUCGGAGGUGGUCCUUGUGUUUGUGAAUCGUGCUGGUUUCCCAGGGACGGCCGCCACCUGGUAGACGACCCCACCGGCUCUGGGGCUCGGAGGCAUCUCCUGGGAGCUCAGCGGGUACCCGGCCCGGCCACUGUCAAGUGUCUGUUAGUUGAAGAAAAGUCAUUUCCCAGGUGCCAGCAAGGACCAUCUUUACCUGUCGCUGUUCCCUGGCCUUGAGAAGAGGGGGCGCCCCACGGACAACCACCAACCCCAGAGUUUACAGGGGGGAGGGUGCAGCCGUCAGUCUCUUCACCAUCUGCACAGACUUUAUUUUGGGUAUUUCUGGGUGGGCAGUUCUUUUGCAUGUUUUGGGAGAGGUUUAUUGAUUUGGGGCUUCUACGUCAGGCCUUGGGUUUUGGUCUUAUUUUAGGGGUUGUUUGGGGGCCCAACGGCGGUCGGCCUCAUGGGGGACAGAAGGAGUAGUGGAUGGGGCUUUUCUGUUGUACUUCUGCGGGGAGGUUGGUGGUUUUGGCUUUAACUUUCUUUCUCUUCAUGAGCCAAAGUCCUUUCGUUUGGUUUCCACUGUUGCAGACAGUACCCUAGCGUGGCGCCUGCUGGAAGGUCUCCCAGGAGGGAGGAGGGGGUCGUCCAGGAGAGAAUGCGGCUCUCAGGCUGCUGGGUGACCCCCAUUCUGCAUAUGUUCUCCCGCCUGGGCAGGAUCAGAACCCUUAGGUGUGAACUGUGGAGAAGCGCCCAUCGCCCCCACCAAGGGCUGAGGGGACUCCAGCUGGGCAGCCACCUCCCCCACCUACGUGCGAUGCCACAGGUAUCCAAAAAGAUAGAGGACCCCGGGCUGGGCGCCAACCUGGUCUUACCAAGGGGCAGCGACCCUGUGAAGAGAGGAGAGAAUAAAGUCCCUGUCAACUUUG